AUGGCGCCAGGGUACAGAAGCUCCAGCCGCCGGCAUAAUCGAACACUACUCAAUGAUCAUGAUGUAUAUGAGGGGCUCCCGGUACGUCAGUGGCGGCGUGGGACAGUCACCGUAGCGCCAUCUAGCGCCCAAGACAACUUAACAGCUCAAAGUGACAUUUGGGCUAUUGAACUUCCAUACGGAAUGCCAAAAGAUUCUCACCUCUUACCACAACAUAGUCAAGAACUACUCCGAGCGGCUCGUUCGGGUAAGAUUUACAGGCGCUCCACGCCAGCAGAGGAAGAAGAAUCUGAACAUGAAGCGACCCAUGGCACUAAAUUAGAGAAGAAAGAAGAUCCUCCACAAGACAGGGGAUUCACUGUCAGAACAUGGAAGCAAAUACCACGACACUUGGAAGUGCCAGAUGUAGACUUCCUCGCAAGAAGAAGAAAGGACUCAACAGUAAGGUUUGAGACUUUACCAAAGUCGCAGCCCCUUACAGCGAGUAAAGAAAUUUCUCAAAAGCUCGAAGUCGUCAGUAAUGAACCUCUACAGGAGUUAUCUGUCACCCAUACGCAAGCAGACGCAGAAACAGACUCGUCACACGCCGCAAAAAUUUCAAAUGGUACUGUAGAUGUACAUGCCGGCAUACCUACACCCUUGAAACGGAAAGGUGUCUUCAAAAAAAAAAUGAACGUUCUUGGGCGUUCGAAAAGAAAGAAGUUAUUGAUGGCCUCGUGUACUUCUGCGAAUAAUUUUGUUGGCUCUGCAGCUGUCAAUCAUGUAAUUAAAAGUGAACAAGACUCUUCAUUGACCACUGUAAAUAGUGAAGAUAUCGAAGCAUGUGGAGGUUCUUUGGCAAAUGCAGACGAUUGGGACGGUGAUGAUGGUGACGAUGCAGAUGAAAACGAGAAUGAUGUUGAUGUUGAAGAGGACGAUGAAUCAACGCCUAUUCAGGACUCGACCUCUAAAAUAGGUUCGAUUCCAAGUGAGCAAGAAGUCUCAACUUUUCUCGAAGAAAAAAUAAAUAUUGAGAAUAUUUCAAGUCUAAAAAUUCCAAUCGAAGAAGAUCACCAAGAGAGCUUACUGAAUAGUGCAACUGAAGCCAAUUUAACUGUUAUUUCGACAGUAGAAUCUCAUGCAGUGGAGGAAUUUUCACCACGGAUGGACUUUCCAAAAGAAUCUUUAUCCCACAGUACAGCUCAAGGACUAGACAAUACCGAAAUAACUCAAGAAGUUAAACAAGAAAUUAUGAUUAAUGAAAAUUCCACACUCAUCUUACCCGAAAAUCAAUCUGUGAUACCCAAAGAGGUUUGCACGACUACCAAAAUCUCUGAGAAGAGUAUCAUUUUUUCUACCUAUGACGCGAAAAAUUUUGAGUCGCUCACCACCGUGGACUUGGGCACUUCAAAAGUAGAAGAUCCUAAAAAUAUAGACCAUGCUGGUUCUUUGUUAGAGCACCCUACGUCAAAUUCACCAAAUCAGUCAAGUAUCUUAUCCGCGCAAGAUUUAGCCCCUUGCACAAAAUCUGAAGAGACCUCUGCAGAACCAAUGCAAGGAAUAGAAAUAGAAGCAAGAGACCCACCGGCUGUCAAUGAAGUAACAAACAACACCAAUUUCCCUGACUUCCUAGGUAUCGAAGCCCCAUCAUAA